AUGGACGAAUGGGAUUUCUUGGAUGAAGUUGAUGUGAUACAAAAAUGGCCGGUGGAUCAGAAAAAAGUGGUUUUCGAAGGUGGAAAAUGGAAUGAAAGAAAAGCUGGUCUCGAGGUUUGAAAAAUGAAAAUGUUUUGAUUGAAAUUCUUAAAAUGUUCAGGCAUUGAACUCUUUGAUUGAACAAAAUCCUCGACUUUCUACAACCACAAUGACUGUUUAUGGAGAACUAAUGGAUGAAAUUAGAAAAGUUGGUAUUUUAUUAUUUCAGUACCUGUUUCAUGAUUGAUAUUAAUUCAGAUUCUCGAUCGCGAAUCGAAUAUUGUUGUAGUUUGUACAGCCGCAAAAACAGUCGAAUUAUUAGCAAAAGGACUUCGAACAAAAUUCGGUGGAUUCGUUGGAAUGGUUUUUCCAUUUUUGAUCAAAAGAGCUAAAGAUAAAAAGAAAAAUGUGAGAGAUGCUGUUAGUUCUUCACUUGAAGCUGUCGCAGAAACAGUCAGUUUGAAAAUCAAUUUUUUCUUGACGAAUUAGAUUUUUUAGACAACUUCCGAGCGAAUUCAAAAAGAUAUUCUUGAUUGGUUUGCUAUUCCAUCACCAGAAUCAAAGCAGACUUUGCUUGAAUUUUUGUAUCGAUAUUUCGUAAAAAUGGAUAGAAUCACUGAUUUGGGUUUUGUUAAGGCUAUUAUUAAUCUAGUGGUUAAGGUUAGUAUUUGUUUUUUUUUUUGGAAAAAUGAAUGCAAGUAUCGUUAUUUCAGUGCGCAACAGAUAGCGAUGUAAAUGUUCGAGAUAAAGCUUGUAUGUCACUUGGUUCACUUCGUCGUCUAAUGUCUGAUUCUCUUUCUCCAUUCAUUGUUUCAAUCGCUGGCGAUAAUUCGAAAAUGGAAAAAAUCGCGCAAUAUGAACAACAAGCCAAGGAAGAAUAUGAAAAGUUACAAUCUGAAAAACCAAAGCGACAUGUUGCGGAAGGAGAAGUUUCGGAAACAGGAACAGGAAAUGAACAAGGAUCAAAUGGUAUUGAAGGAGAAGAAAACAUUGAAAAUAUUGAUGCUUGGGAAAUGUUAGAAGCAGAAGAUAUCGCGAAAAAAUUGGAGAAAAAUGUAGAAUCUUUGUUGGUUGAUAAGAAUUGGAAAGAACGAUUGGCUGGAUGUGAAGCUGUGAAAAAAGGAGUGGAUUCUGUUGGAAGAAUUGAAAUAACUGAUAGAUUACGCGAAAUUUCUAUUAUUCUUAUCAGAGUAGGUUUUUAUUGAAAAUGGGAAAAUAAUUAUUGAACUGAAUUUUUUCAGAUCAUCGAGAAAGAUGUGAAUGUAAAUGUGGCUUCAUGCUCCGCAAAUAUCUUGACCGGAAUUGCAAUCAAAGCAAGAUUCCCAUAUUCUUCUUUGGCUAAUAAAUCAUUUCCAAUUUGUUUCGACAAAUUGAAAGAUAAAAAAGCUCUUCUUCGUGAUGCUCUCAAUGAAUAUAUCGAUGCAGCUGCAACUACUGUAAGUUUCUAUUCAAUUAUAUUCUUCGAAAUUAAAUUAAUUUUCAGACUCCGUUAUCAUCAUAUUGUGAAGCUGUUCAAGGAGGAUUGACAUCAAAGAAUCCGCAAACACGUCAACAAACUGCAUUGUUUCUUUCAAGAUUAUUUUCGAAACAUGAUGAGAAAACAGUAGAUAUCGAGAGUGUUAAAAUUCUCACCGAAUUUAUAAAUAAGGUUGGAACUUCUCUUUAUAUAAUAAUCAAACUCAAUUCGAAAUUUUUUAGAUUUCAAAUGACGCUGACAAAGAUGUUCGUGAAGCUUCUCUUUGUUUAGUUAGCGCAAUUCAAAAAACAAUUGGUGAAGGACCAACACGUCGGAUGUUUCCAGAAGUUCUCGAUGAUUCGACAAAAUCAGAAAAGAUUCCAAAAAUAAUCGAAGAACUUGAAGAACAAUUUGGUAAAAAGGCGACUGUUGAAAUGAAAAGAUUGGCCAAACAAUAUGGAGGUGGAAUAGGAAAUGGAGGAGGAGGAGGAGGAAAUAAUAGUUCGAAUACACAGUCGAAAAAACCACUCCCAUCAAAGCCAGCUGUACGAACAACCACAACAAAUCGGCCAAUUUCUAGACCUCAAACUGCUGCAACAUCGAAACCAGUACCAAAACCAAUAGUAAAACCUGCUGCACCUAUUCCACCAAAACCAAUAGCAAGACCACAAUCAGUUAAACCAGUGGCAGCACAAACAACUCGACCUAUAAGUGCUCCUAGAAGACCUCUAACUACAGUAACUCAACCAGCACCAAAGCCAUUCGUUGCAAGACCUGCACCAAGUUUUUGCAACAAACCAAAACCGAAAACUGAAGCGACAGUAAGAUCUGCAUCUCCAAUGAAUAAAAAUCCAACAAAUUCCUCAUUUGGUAUUCGCCCACCUUCUCCUUCACUUAUUUUUUCAUCCACCUCAAAUCCCUCUAUAAAUAAACCCCGCCCAAUUCCCCCCAAAACUGAUCUUUCAACUUCUUCUUCUUCGCGUAUUCGUCCACCAUCCCGGUCUCGCCUUCCAACACCAAACAGAAACAUUCCAAAUUGA